UCCCUCCCUCUCAGCCAUUAUGACCACACAGCUAUCCCAAGCAGGCGGAGAGUUCUACAGGUGGUGAGCUGCUCCAACUGAAAAUAUCAGUGAUGGUAAAAGAAGGGAAGGAUCCUUCCCUAUUUCCAACUUUCGGGCUCUCCCGGCAGGUGGCCGAUGCGGCCUUCGCUAGCCUUUUCGUAGGGUGGCGCCGAUCUUCUUCCCCCACCCCCUCCCGCUGGCUUCGUCCCGAUCUCUUCCUCCUCCUUGCCAGGCGGUACUGUCUGCGUCAUCUAAAGGUGCGCUCCUCCUUCUCUUCCUUCCUUCCUUCCCUCUCUCCUUUCUUUCCCUCCCUCCAGAUUUGCUGGAUGCCAAGAUGGCAGCUUCGAACUUGGAGAACCAGCUGCACAGUGCCCAGAAGAAUUUGCUUUUCCUACAGAGGCAGCACGCGGAUACCCUCAAGGGGCUCCACACCGAGAUCCGCCGCCUGCAGCAACACUGCACAGAUCUGACCUACGAGUUGACUCUCAAAAGUUCAGACUUGACAGAAAAUGGGAUUUCGAGGAGCGAAGAGCUCAGAAGGAAGUGCGAAGAACUGGAGGCCCAGCUCAAAGCAAAGGAGAUGGAAAACAAUGAAUUAUUGAAAGAGCUGGAGCAGAAAAACGCCAUGAUCGCGGUGCUGGAGAACACCAUCAAGGAACGGGAGAAGAAAUACUUGGAGGAGCUGAAGAUGAAGAGCCAUAAAUUGAACAUGCUCUCCAGCGAACUGGAGCAGCGGGCCAGCACCAUCGCCUACCUGACCUCCCAGCUCCACGCCACCAAGAAAAAACUCAUGAGCUCCAGCGGGACAUCGGACAGCUCCCCGUCGGGAAGCCCCGUGCUCUCCGGCUACAAACCCGCUCCUCCCAAAGAGAAGCUCCCGGAAACUCCGCGACGGCGGAUGAAGAAGAGUCUUUCCACGCCGCUCAACCCCGAAUUCGAGGAGGCCUACCGAUUGGGCUCGGAUAGCCGUAAGCUGCUGCUGCGGGAGCCGGUGGACGCCAUGCCUGACCCCACGCCCUUCUUACUGGCCAGGGAGUCCACCGAGCUGCACCUUCUGAAAGAGAGGCCUUUGGUCAUCCCGCCCAUCCCGUCCGAGCGCACUUCGUCCGAGCCCCACAGCCCGGCCCGGGAGAGGCAGCACAAGAGCCACGUGGGGGUGGCCCACCGUAUCCACCACGUCCCUCCCGCCCAGCCCCAGCCGCCCGAGGUGGAGACGCUGGCUGUGGACCAGGUGAACGGAAGCAAAAUGGUUCGCAAGCAUUCGGGGACGGAUCGGACUGUUUGAACCCCGGGCGCUUGGAGGGGACUACUCGGCGGUCAACAGAGGGCCGGGGUGCACCUACCCCCUCCCUCCCUCUUCCGAGCGCCCCCCCUCCCCCCGCGUGCAUGCCAAAAUCUUUCCAGAACUAGAGUCACUUCUUCCUCACCUGUUCCUAUUGCAGAGUUAUCUACCUAAUGAAACGCUGUAGCCAAA